AAAUAUAUAGGAACUUGCUGAAUGUGUGAAAGAACUUGAUGAUGUACAUUAUCUUGAGAUAUUUGCAGAACAGAUGCUGACAGUCGUAGAGAGAAAAUCAGAGGAUGUGGAUACAAUGGCUGACAUCAUGGCUUAUCUACUAUCUGAAAAACUACUAGACAAGCAAAUAUACAUCAGUGCCUUUAAGAAAUUCAUGGAAGGCUACGAAGAUUUACUCAUUGAUGUACCUCAAGCACCAAAACAUGUUGCCAAGCUAUUAGAGGCAUCAUCUCUCACCUCAUCCGAUGAAGGAACAGAGGAUAUAUUUAAGCAUCUCAAGUAAAUAAAGUCCAUUCCAUUUUGUUAGAUUAUGUUGUUUAUAAAAAAGAUUUUUUU